AUGGCGACGACGGCGACGACGCGGGCGUGGGAGGAUCUGCGCAAGGAUGCGCGACGGACGGAGAGCGCGAUAGAGCGCGAGCUCGGGGAGCUGAGCGCGCUCGCGAUCGACGAGGACAUGGCGCGCGCGCUGGAGGCGGAUGACGAACGGGCGAGAAGCGCGAGCGGACGGGAGGGGGAGGGCGCGACGAGCGCGGGGUAUCGAGACUCGCGGAGACACACGCUGCAGAGACAUCGAGACGUGCUGCAGGAAUACGCGGACGAGCUGCGGCGGUUGAGAAGAGACGCCGAGGACGCGGCGGAGCGGGAGAGUUUGUUGGGAGGACGCGCGGGGUCGAGCGCUUCGGGCGGACCCGACGAGAGCGCGGAGGCGAGGUUGAUUCGUGAGCGCGCGCGCAUAGCGGGGAGCGCGAGCGCGAUGGACGAUAUCAUCAGCGUGGCGCAGAACACGGCGCGAGAGCUCUUCGCGCAACGCGGAAUUUUACAAAACGCCGGGGCGAAAAUUUUAACCAUGACGAGCAAGUUUCCGGUGUUGAAUAACUUGGUGCUGGCGAUCAAGCGGAAAAAGAAUAAAGAUGCGAUGAUUUUAGCCGCCGUCGUCGCCGCGUGCACGACGUUCGUCCUGCUCUACUACUUGUCUAAAUAGCCGUGUCAUCGAAAGCCGAGAAAUUGUUCGCGCUCGCGAGGGACUUCACGUCACACGCCGGCGCGAUGCGUCGCCCCGUGUUUUGCGUGGUCGUAUGCAUCGCCUUUUCGUCGUUCCACGUCGGCGACGCCGCGGAGUCAUCGUGCCAAACGCUCGUGUUCUCCGGGCUUUCCACGUCGUGCAACUUGAACGGCGGACAGAGCUCGAGCGAGGACGCGUGUUGUCGAGCGCUCGACAAAGCGAACGCAAAACGCUGUUUUUGCGACAAUCAACUUAUGACGACGAUUCAGUUAGUGAUUGGAGAAAACGGCAUCCAGUUUUUUCGAGACUUCGCGAUUGGUUCGUGCUCUGGAGAACUCACGGAGGGUGAGGCGUGCGACGACGUCGCCGGCGACGACGGAUCCGAGUGGGACGGCGUCAUCGCGCCGCCGCCGCCGAUGGACCACACACACACACAUCGCGAUUUGGAGUUAUCCGAGAUUGAGUAUUACACGCAAGACGUGCGAGGUUCGCCACCACCCGAUCGUCGGCCGACGCCGCUGUUCCCAACGCGAGCGCCUCCGGAACGAGAAACCAUCGCAAAUUUCAUACUCGAUCCCAGACGCGACGCGGAGAUUGGAUUUACGGCGGACGCUCUCACGCUCACCGGCGUUCGGAACGACUUGGAUUCCAAUCAAACUUCAACGGUUUUCGUACCGACAAACGAGGCGUGGUACGCCCUGCUCUUUCGUCUCGGCGUCACGAAGGAGGAACUGUUCGCCGACACGAUUUGGCUGGCCGACGCGCUUCGAUACCACAUCGUCCGCGACAUCGCGCACACCUCAAACAUGGGUUUC